AUGGCCUCUGCUCCCACCAUCUCGAGUCCGCUGCAAAUCUCGAGGCUCAACUUCCGGCCUCGUUCCGAGCACGACCCGCUGCCCCCACCGUCGCCCUCGUCCUCCGCGCCGCUGUCGUCGUCGUUGCCAGCGCCAUCGUCGGUGCCCAUGACCUCCUCGAUGCCCACCCGGCCGCUCUCGAUCCAACAGUCCCGGGUUCGCCACACAGAGCCGCCCAGGCCGCUGACCGAUGAGCCCACCGACUUUCGUCUGCCUGUUCCUCGGACGCCGUCCCAGUCGGCCACUCCGCCCAAGGGAAGCGAUCUGCUGCUCAAGCGCUCCAUGUCGUUUUCCCGCACCUACAGCAUCCCUGCAAACAUGUCGGCCCCAACCCCGGCGACCCCGGCGACCGCUGCUGCUGCUGCUGCCCCGAUGGUCUACCCACACCACUCCCUGCACCCCACCGACACCCGCACUGCCGAAAGCCCGGCCUCGCUCGGCUCGGACGACGGCAUCACGGGCAGCUCGCCCCGCUCCUUCGAUGCCAAGGAGCGCUGGAUCGCCCCCGACUCGCCCUCGGUGGGGGCCACGGGCCAUGCCCAAUCCCACGCAUGGGUAAACCCGGCUCGGAUGUCGUCCCUUCCAGAGGCCCGGCCCGACCAGCCCAUCGAGCCCGUCCGCAGCUACUCGGUGCACUCGCGCUACUCGCAGAUGAGCACCAUCAGCACCACCGCCGGCACCCCUUGCUCGCUCGCCUCCUCGCCCGACUCCCAUCCUGCCGUGUCGUCGCCCUCAAGCCCGCACUGGAACUCGCAGCGAGACCUGGUCUCGCCGAGCCUGACACCGUCGCCCCGGCCCAUGAGCCAUCUCAGCCGCUCGCUCAGCGUCGGCGGAUCGGCCAGCAACGGCAUGCUCGCCCUGCAGAUCCCCGUCGCCCCCUCUCGCACCGUGCGGGCCGGAAGUCGAUCGAAUGCCGUUGGGGUCGAUGUCGCUCCUCCUCGCUUCUCGCGGCCCCAGGAUCCGUCUUCGCCCCUUACUCCACACUCGAUGCCCCUCCUGCCCGUCCAAAUCUCGGCCCCACCGGUCUCGCCGGCUUCCCGUGAUACCCCUCGCUCAUCCUUUAUCCAGCACGCUCCCACGACGCCGCACCCGCCUUCGAUGAAGCCCUCGGCAUCGCUGCCCGCGACAGCCUACGGAUCGCCUCAGGCUGCCCCCGUGGCCUUCCCGGAGAUGGAAAAGCGAACGCCGUCGGGAUUCCGCAAGUUCUUCAAGUCCUUCAUGGAGCAGGUGCAACUUCUGGACGAUCAAGAUGACCCCUUUGCCCCGCCUGGCCCGAACUCGCCCGCUCCAGCACCGUCCAGCCCGGACGCAAAGCCCAUCUUGAGACGGCCCCGUACCCUCAGCACCGGCAGCACCACCGGCAACGGCGCCAACAUCAUUCCGCCCAUGCCCAGCCCGAUGCUCAUGCCCCUCAAGCCUGUCAAGGAUGCAGAGAAGGCCGCUCGCUUCGAACUCUUGCUGCAGCGCAUCGAGAACGACCCCGAGGAAAAGGUCGAGCCCAUCAAGCUCACCCUCACAACCGAGUACAGUCUCAUCCUGCAGAAGGACUAUGAUGCCGUGGAGCUUCCCGGAAUCACAGCGCCAUCUGCCUAA